AGCGUGUUGAUCACUAUUGUUGUGCAGAAGUGCAAAAUACUGCCGGUAGAACAUCUAGUACUCUCGCGCGGAGAGGGCGGGCUCAUUUCCCUUUAAGCCGCUAGGCACAGGUUGUGUUUGCCGGUAAGACUAUCUGAAGUUACACACGUACGGACGGAUAUAUGGUGAAACACAUGAAAGGAACGAGCAACAAAAGGGAAAUAUUGGGCACACGGGUAUGUACGAGUGAUGAAAUGUCAUCUUUAGAAGAUAUUUUGUCCAGUAACCAGUGCCCAACUGCUGUCAUUACCUCCCAAGGCACUGAUGUAACUCCAAACAGGGACAGUGGAGUAUGUAAGAUUGUGAAACAGCAUGGUGUGGAGGGAGAAAGGCCGAUGAUUGGGGAUAAAGUGUGUGUCCACUACACAGGCAGGCUACUCAGUGGAAAGAAGUUUGACUCCAGUCUUGACCGCAAGGAACCUUUUGUUUUCAAUGUGGGCAAAGGUCAGGUUAUCAAGGCGUGGGACAUCGGCGUGUGUUCCAUGCAGAAGGGAGAGGUGUGCUUGCUGCUCUGUAAACCUGAAUACGCAUAUGGUUCUGCUGGUAGCCCCCCAAAGGUUCCUCCUAAUGCCACACUUGUGUUUGAGAUUGAGCUGCUGAGCUUCAGAGGGGAGGUGCUAACAGAAGAUGGUGGAAUUGUUAGGAGAAUAAAGGUUAAAGGUGAAGGCUAUAACAAUCCGAAUGAUGGGGCCACAGUCCAUGUACACUUAAAGGGCUGGUGCGGAGGCUGUUCGUUUGAGUCUCGUGAUGUCACAUUUGUGGUGGGUGAAUCGGUGGACGCGGGUGUACCACUAGGAGUGGACAGGGCCAUGGAAAAAAUGCAAAAGGGGGAAUGCUGCCUGCUAUACUUAAAACCCAAGUAUGGUUAUGGCAAAGAGGGCAAGCCAGAAAAUAACAUUGGAUCAAAUGCAGAACUGUUAUUCGAGGUCACACUUAAAAACUUUGAAAAGGCCAAAGAAUCCUGGGAAAUGGACCUUAAAGAGAAACUUGAACGUGCCGUUUUGGUCAAACAGAAGGGGACACAGUAUUUCAAGGCUGGACGGUACAGCCAUGCUGUAAUUCAGUACCAACAGAUUGUAACCUGGUUGGAGAUGGAGUGUGGGUCAGGAACGGAGCAGCUACAGGCCAUUCAAUCUCUGCUGGUAGUGGCCCAUCUGAAUCUUGCCCUGUGCUACCUGCGUUUGCGCGAGUACUCAAAGACCGUGGAAAACUGCAACAAGGUGAUGGAGCUGGACCCAGACAACGAGAAAGCUCUAUAUCGGCGCGGUGAAGCGCGUCUUUUGCGGAACGAGUUCAGUAUGGCGCUCGAGGACUUCAAGCAGGUCUUGCAGGUCAAUCCCUACAACCGCGCUGCCCGCAGUCAGAUCGCCGUCUGUCAGCGCAAGAUCCGCGAGCACAAUGAGCGGGAUAAGAUGAUCUAUGCAAACAUGUUCCAGAGGUUUGCCGAACACGACGCCAAGGUGGUCAAAUUGAAAAGGAAGAAAGACGACAGCGGACAUUCUGAUCAAAAUAAGCAGGGUCUCAAGAGACAGUGUUUGAGUGAGGAUGGCCCCUAAGGCUUCCGAUGCUACCCGGGAGACCCCAGUAAGAAGGUCAGGCUGGGGGAUGGCUGGUCCUUCCUCGUUAAGCCACAAGGGGCAACAGUAGGGGUGAGGACGAGCCCCUACGCACUUUGACCUACGACCUCGACCUACGACCUCAGUAUCCUAGGCUGUAACAACAAAUGUUGGAGAACAGAUUCUAAUAAAGGUUUAUUGGCACUGAAGAGCUACAAACCUUAAUGACAUUCCUACAAAAAAACAACCAAAGCGCACAAUUCUGUAACCAUCUGUAAACCUUGAAGGUGCACGCCUCGGCUCUAAAAAGGCAUUCAUCAACUGCAUUAAUGUGAUAUAUGGUUUGAUAGAUUUCAUUAUAGACUUGAAUACAACUUAGUACCUUAACUUGUACUGUAUAGUAUUCAAUAUAAAUGCAUUGAUGUUGUGCAUAAUCAGAUUAGGGGUUGAAACUUGCAGUGGUGAGGCGUCUACUGGAGACUGAUGUUUUUUGUAUUAUAUUUGUAUAAGUGUGUAUGAUAUUUAGAUGCAAGUGACCGAAGUGGAUAGCUGGAUUUAGAAGUGCAAUCUUCCCCACUGGGAAAACCUAAUUUGCAGCUCUCCAAGCUGAACGCUUCGAGGAUGAGAGCUGCAACAGGCCUACAUCCACGCAUACACUUUUGAUACUUGUGAGUGCAUGCUUCUCUUCUGCAUUCUGGGAACAUCCUUGAUUUGAGAAUAUAUUUCAACAGGUUAGUUUGAACCUGGAAUCUUUAACUGAAGUUCAAUGCCUUUAUUUUUUUAACUGAGUUCAGUUAACACUUUGAAGCUUCGGGGCUUGGAUGCUUUUUAGACAAAUCUUUUGAAAAGGAAUAUUUCAAAUAAUUGUCCUCUCGAAACCCACUUGUUCAUUUGUUGAAAUACUAACUAUAGUGUGGUUUGCAUGUUUUUUCACUAUGUUCCCCAUGUUUCAGACCUUUGUAAGAAUAAUAAUGAAUUGUUUGUUAACAAUUUUUGUGUAUACAGUUUGAUGCAUUACAGCUGGCCUGUCAAUGAAUAUUUAAAAAUAAAAGACAACAGACUGUUCAAA